CUCAACUUUCCCAAUCUUUGUAUAUAUAUAAUAACUCUCAUUUCUUCCUUCCCUCCUUCAAAUUACAAAUAAUUAGGACUGCAAGAGUGCGAUAGACAAUGUUAGAUCCAGAGAUAGACUUGUUUCCACCAACUUCUCCAACAAUUUCAUCAGUAUCUUCCUCUGAUUUCGACACUGAGUCUACAGGAUCGUUUUUCCAUGAUAAAAGCACAAGUUUAGGAACGUUAAUGGGAGUUAAUAUCCCAUCAAUUUCAGCAAGGGUUUCUACCCCUGAUAGUGAAGGCAACAAUAUCAGGACUACCGCUAUUAAUGGUGGUGGUAGAGGGAAAAGGAAAAAGUUGAAGAAUAAGAAAGGGUUAAGAAGAGUGGUGAUUGUUGAUUCAUCAGAGAAUAAAGGGAAUAGAAGAUGGUGGCAACUUUGUAGAGAUGAAGAAACAAGACCAUCAUCUUUAGCUGAUUUUCUUGAAGUUGAGAGAAGAUUUGGAAACGGGGAUGAGGAUGACGAGUUUUAUGGUGUUACAGAGCUUGAAGGUAUAGUUCAUCAACAUCUUAAUAAUAAUAAUCAAAAUCAAUCAUCUGGAAAUGGACGGUUGCUAUUUGCUGAUGGAAGGGUUCUCCCACCAUCGACAUCAGCAGCAGCAUCAUCUCAAGAUGUGACAGUGGAGGGUCCACCAAUUGUAGAGACUCUCUGUAGAUUUCCUGUUUUAUUUAGUGGGAUUUGUAGCGGUGGUGGUGGUGGUUAUGCUUCUGGGAAUAGUGGCGUCGGUGUGUAGAAAUAUGUCUCUUCUUGGUUUUUUUUGCCUUCCAAUCUUACAUUGUGAUUUCGUUCCCCUUGAAAAAUCAAAUUUGUUUGUUUUCAUUUUUAUC